AUGACAGAGCCUUCUCUUCUCCCCGCUGCCCAGAUGGAAGGGCUGGCCCUGCUGCCCCUGGCCUCACCCUGCCCCCGGAUCCCACGAGCCCGCAUCGCCAGGCCACCGGGGCGAUGGGCCCCCGUGGGCUGCAGCCCUGGCCCCUCUACAGGACCCACACAUCUGCAACAGCGUCCUCUGAAGUCACGCCCUGCGGACUGCUCCCACUCCCGGCUGUCCUGGGCAGAGAGCUUGUCCAUGGAUGGCUUCUGGUUGGAGGUGGAACGGAUCCAGCAGAAGGGCGACCUGAAGGAGGAGGACAGGGCUGGAAGCGGAAGCCAGCUCCUAGGAGGGGACACUGAAUCCCAGUGGCUACGGGACACAGGUCUGUCUGGCCUUGUUGGUGGCCUGGGCUCGGAUGGUGAUCAUCAGGGACUCCUGUCUACACUGACACAGACCCAGGUGGCUGCUGUGUGCCGCCGGCUAGACACCUAUGCCCGCUCAGCCCGAAGACGACACAAGCCACCCAUCAGAGAUGUCAGGGAUAUCUUUGGGGUCUUCACCUCAAGGGAAGUGGUUUCAGAGAAUGGGACCAUGGGAAUGAAAUGGACCCAGAUCAAUCCUGUGGAUUCUGCAUCUCCCGUAGGGUCCGCAGAUCUCAGGGGACCACAGGAACCAGCUGGAACAGAAGAAGUCUUCAACAUGGACUCUGCCUACUCUGAACAAGCUGCCAUGCUUCUACAGAGGGCCAGGUCAUCCCCGGGAGGCACCUGUGUCUGGGACAAGGGAUUGCUGCCGAGGUUCCGAAUCCCCAAAGGCAGACUGGGUGUGACCAGGAUAGGAGACUUGUCUUCGAGGGACAUGAAGAAGAUCCCUCCCUUGGCCCUGAUAGAGCUGACAGCCCUCUAUGACAUCCUGGGCCUGGACCUGAAGAGGAGCAAAGCCGGGAAGUGGAAAGGCUCAGACUCGGGCCUUUUUGGUGUGCCCCUUCACAGCCUGCUGGAAGCUGACCACAGAGUCCUCCCCAGCGCCCAGGUCCCCCUGCUCCUACAAGCUUUGCUGUCCUGUUUGGAAAAGAGAGGGCUGGACACAGAAGGCAUCCUCAGAGUUCCUGGAUCCCAGGCCAGAGUCAAGGGAUUGGAGCAAAAGCUGGAGCGAGGCUUCUAUGCUGGCCUUGUGAGCUGGGACAAGGUUCAUCCCAAUGACGCAUCAGACCUGCUAAAGAGGUUCCUCCGGAAGCUGCCGGCACCUCUGCUCACAACCGAGUACCUUCCAGCUUUUGCAGCAGUGCCCAACAUCCCUGACCUGAAGCAGCGCCUGCAGGCUCUUCACCUGCUAGUCCUCCUCCUGCCUGAACCCAACCGCAACACCUUGAAGGCGCUCCUGGAAUUCCUCAGGAAGGUGGCAGCCCAGGAACAGCACAACAAGAUGACCUUGUGGAAUGUUUCCACAGUGAUGGCCCCCAACCUCUUCCUGCCCCGGGGACGACCUCCCAAGCUCCCCAAGGGGGAGAAGCAGCUGGCGCAGGGCGCAGCUGAAGUGAUAUGCUUGAUGGUGCAGUACCAGGACCUGCUUUGGACGGUUGCCUCUUUCUUGGUAGCCCAAGUGCGAAAACUGAAUGACAGUAAUGGCCGUCGUUCCCAGUUCUGUGAUGGGGGCCUCAAGACUUGGUUGCGGAGGACACAUGUAGAUAGGGACAAGACCGGGGACGGGCUUGAGGCGACUCCCAAAGUGGCAAAGGUCCAGGUGACCUGGCCUAGCACGGAUCUUCUGCAGGUGCCUCUGAACCCUAGCACCAGAGUGACCCACAUCCUGAAGCUGUUCACAGAGCGCCUCAACCCUGGGUCACAGCCUGAAGAUGGCAGGGAAGACUCAGGCAGCAUUGUCUCAGACACCGCCAAGCCAGCCACCUUCCUUGUCUAUGAAGUUGGAGGGAAUAUUGGUGAACAUCGCCUGGACCCAGACGCCUACCUCUUAGAUUUGUACCGUGCCAACCCCCACGGUGACUGGGUCAUUAGACAGAGCCCCACCUAAGCCUCGAGUCCUAAGAAACAGCCUGGAACACCCAACCUGGGAGCAGAGCUCUUCACGUGGAAAGAUUGGGUCUUCCCAGGAAAUACCUCUUCCAUGCCAGACAACAUAGAGCCCCCGAGGAUGCCACCCAGGACACCUGCAUCUUCACAGGUGUCUAUCCACAAUUUCCAGAAACGGAGAACAAAACUGCAGCACCCCUCUGAAGAACAUGGGGGAGCUUCCGGAGAAUGUUCCUUUAGAGGCAACCCCGCAGUAUGGAGUGGGAAACCACUGUGACCAUGGAGGACCCCUUGUCUUCUCUGAGACCCCAACGAUGCCCUGGACAGAUAACAAACUUUGAUUUGCCCUCUUGUGUCUUAAAUGCUGUUUUAUGGAAACAUGUUGUUUUAUAGCAUAUUUAAGUU